AUGAACAGUGCACUUCAAUGCCUCAUCCACGUGGAACCGUUGACUCAUUUCUUUUUAGAUGGUUAUGCUCGAGUUUAUACAUCUGAUGACCACGAGAAUGAUUACAAUCCAUUUGAUACAUGCGGUGAAAUGACCGGAGCUUUUGCUGACCUAAUAUGGAAUAUGCGACGACCUGAUCGCACAGACUUAGAUUAUACACAUCCAUUCAGACCAACACGAAUAAAGGAAACAAUCGGUUAUUUUGCUCCAAGUUUUGCUACAUCGGAUCAACAGGAUGCUCAGGAAUUCAUCACGUUUCUUCUUGAUGUCAUACAUGAUGAAAUAAAAGAAAAAAAUAAACCCGAUCGAAAUACAAUUAUCCAAAAGCUCUUUUUCGGAACGCUUACAUCUAAUGUUACUUGUCUUAAAUGUAAACAUGUAAAAAGCACAACAAAUCGUAUUGCCUUUCUUCCAUUAUCAAUCAAUCAACAACAACGAUUAUUUGUAGUAAAUUUUGUAACAAAAGAUGGCCGUCAUGACCGUACUUCAGUGAAUGUGAAUGCCAAUGGACGAGUUGGAAAUCUAGUGCGGCAAUAUCUUGAGCUUAAUGAUCCCUCACAUCUCUUUGAUCGAAUCGUUGCUAUAGGAACAAAGUCAGAAGAACAAUUGCAGUUCGAAACUCUACUCAGAAGAUUAUCCGAAGAUGAAGUAACACUUAUCGAACAAGAUCAUUACAUCAGUGGUAUUCAAUCUGAUCGAUUUGACGAGGAGUGUAGCAAAUUAAGACUUGAAGAAUGUCUUCAAGGAUUUGUUUCAUCUGAGACACUCGAUGAUCUAUGGAUUUGCCAACAAAAGACAUGUCAGCAAAGCACGUCUGCUACCAAACAGCUUCAAUUUAAAAGUCUUCCACACGUCGUCAUUAUUCAACUUAAACGAUUUUCAUAUUCAAAUGGUUUGCGUCGAAAGUUAGACUCAUUUGUAGAUUUUCCUAUUGAUGGACUUGAUUUGAGUGAGCUCUUAUCAUCAUCAUCAUCGGGAAAAGAAAAGGCCAUCUAUGAUCUCAUAGCUAUUAGUAAUCAUAUUGGAACUAUCAAUGGUGGUCAUUAUACUGCAUAUGCACGAGAAGAACCAAGUGCGGAUGAAUGGUACGAAUUCGAUGACUCAUACGUAUCACUGAUUUAUCCAAAACAACAAAUCAUAUCAAAAUAUGCCUACCUUCUUUUCUAUAUCAAACGAACGAAAUAA